AGCAGGUCCGCGCAGGUAUAGUAGCAGCUAAACGGGGAAGGAAAUAGUCAUUUCAGGGUAGUCCUCUGUGGUGUGAGGAUGGCUGAUGUCGGUGGUAGUAGUGGUGUUCAAUAUUUUGAAGGUGUUGAAAAGUUGUUGGAGAUUUGGUUUACGCGGAACGAUGGCGCGGUGAAGCAGUGUGAUCUACGGAAAAUCUCUAGGACUAAAUGGGAAUCACUGCUAAAAAUUGUUCGCUGUGAGGUGAUAAGCUUUGUCCGGAAUGAGCAUGUAGAUGCAUAUGUACUGAGUGAAAGCAGUAUGUUCAUAACAAAUCGCCGGUUUAUUCUGAAAACAUGUGGGACUACCACACCACUAUUGUGCUUGAAGCCACUUUUGAUGUUGGUUGAACAGUAUGCUGGAUUUAAUGAAGUGGAAGAUGUGUUCUACUCUCGGAAAAAUUUCAAGAGACCCGAUCUGCAGUUGAGUCCACAUAAGGCUUUUGAACAAGAGGUUGCUGUUUUGAACUCCUUUUUCAAAGAUGGUGCUGCUUAUUGCAUGGGGAACAUGAUAGAAGACUGCUGGUAUUUGUAUACCUUAAAUCCACUGGGAGAAGGAAACAAAACUCGCAGGGGUAUACAGGAACCUGACCAGACCCUAGAAAUCCUUAUGUCAGAUCUGGAUCCAGAUAUCAUGAAUAUUUUCACGCGGGAGGAGUCAUCUUCUGCUGCAGAGGCUACCCAGAAAUCUGGAAUUGACAAAUUGAUUCCAAAUAUGGUGAUAGAUGAUUUUCUCUUUGAGCCUUGUGGUUAUUCCAUGAAUGGCAUUUCAAAGAAAGCGGGUCCAGAACUAGCUGCUGGAUGUUACAUGACCAUUCAUAUAACGCCUGAACCAGAAUUCUCAUAUGUGAGUUUUGAAAGCAAUGUGCCACAAGCCUCAUACAAGGAAGUGAUCUCAAGGGUACUGGAAACAUUCCAGCCUGGAAAAUUUGUGAUAACAGUAUUUGCCAAUAAGGCCUCUGCUGCAGCAGCUUCCCCUAAAGAAUUGGAAAGACAGACAUCAUUCGGAGACUGGCUUCGUCAUGAUGUUCAGUACUGCCGCUUCAAGAACUACGAUCUGAUUUACGCAUUCUACUCUAAAUUCCCAAGCUGAGGGUCCCUGGAGGCCCGAAGCUCAGCUGAGUUCCUUUCAGUUGUUGCUCGGUGCCUUCUUGGGCAGUUGCCUGCCCUUUUUAUUUGUCACUGUAGCUGUAGAUUUAAUAACAUAACAUACCUUCUGCAUUUGUUAAGUUUUUCUGUAGGUGGUAGUAAAAUUUCCUUGCAUGGUAGUUUUUAUAACAGUCCCAUUCAGCAGUGUAAAAAUGCCUGUGAAUUUCAAAAUUCCCGACCAUUUAUAAUCACAGCUUCUCAAUGCUCUCUAAUAUUUGUAGAAUACUGUUUAAAAUUAUGGAGUUUGAAUAUAAUUAAAGCUGCUUUGUGUCUAAUAUUGCUUUGCUUCUGUGAAAGCAUUGCAGCUAUUAGAGUAAAUCUUGUUUACAUGUGGUGGCGAAAUAAAAUUUCUUGAGGUGAUAAAUUUGUACGCAGUGAUUUUGAGAGUUGCUGAAGCCAACAAAAGCCUCACCUAUGAGGGUGACAAGUUGGCAUCUCAGGUGGUAACCAUCACUGGUUCCUUGGUUUGAUGCAUUUAUUUAAUUUCCAUCUUGAAAUGGCAGCAAGAAGUAAUCAUAUGAAUCCUUAUGCUGCUGUUGAAGAAUUUUAUUAUGAUCUGAAUUACAAUUUAAGUUGCUAAGAUCAUGCAUAUAUAUUUUUUCUUUGUAACUGUGAAAUUCAGAUCAGUAUUGAUUUUGCAAAAAGCAGCCUUGAAAGGUCAGCAAAGUGUUGCUUACAGUUGUUCCUAAAUGUCAAUUGUUAAUGUUUGUGGUUUAUUUCAUGGUGCAGCAUUGAUUAUAAUAAAACGUUUCUGUGAGUAAAUUGUAUAUCUAGUAUUUUCUGUGUAUUCUGAGUUGUUACUCUGAUCUUGAAAACUUAAUUAAAAGUAAGGCAUUCUUUGUAAUGUAAGAUGCUUGUCAAAUUUCGAAAUGGUCUGUUACUGUAAAGCUGUUUGAAGCAGUUUGAGAUGGCUUCUUAGUGUAAUAUCAAGCUGCUGUGAACAUUCACUUGUUCUGGGACCUUCGUGAAUAGAGAAUUUUCUACUUCAAAUGAAAAUAAUCCACUGCCACAUGUUUUGAGGGCAAUUCUGUUAAUCUGAUUUUAGCAAACAGUUAUCACUCGAGCCAUUGCUGAUUUACUUGCUGGUAAUAUUGCAACAGUAUUUUGGAUUUUCUUUGUUUUUAGACACUAAACUGUGGCAGUGAAUAUCUUGGUGCAGUUGUGGUUGUUCUAGGUGGAGAUGUCAGGUUAUACUUCCAUUUUAUAUUGCACCUACUUGAAUGGAUAUCCAUUUGUCACAAAGCAAAAUUUCACAGUUGACUGCUGUCAGAGUGAUUAAACUACUGUCACAGUUUCAUGACAUGGUCCCUGUGCUAUACUCUGUUAAAACAUAAAUCACAUUACAAUCACUGUUUUCUUACAUUUGGAUUGAAUCUUAACAGCAGCACCUGUUGAUACAUUUCGAGUAACUAAGGGCAGAUGAUCUGCAGUUGCAAAAGCUGUAGUAAACUAAGAAUUUUUUGUCCACUAUGAGUUGAUUAUUUGUCAUAGUAUUGUUACAUAUCAAUUACAAAGACAAGUGUUUUGGUCAUAGAGUAACAUUUAAAUUGGAACUCUAAUUUGAAAAACAGUUUCCAAAGAAUGCACCGUUAUUCUCUUAACAGAGCCCAUUAUUUGUGCACCAAACCUGCUGUUACAUGCAGAAGAUACUACAAUUUUGAAGGCCCUGUUAAAAUCCACAAUGAAUUUAGAUUGGUGAGUUAAGUAUUGCAAUAAUCUAUCAUUUCUUUCUUUGGUUUGGAAAUGUUUUGUUGUGGCAAAAAUGUGUUGAAAAUCAGGUUUUUCAUCAUCUUAGUGAGACACAUAGCAUUGAUAGAUUUUUUAAUGUACAUGGAGUACUUCAUAGAAUUGUUGUAUCAUCUACUACAGAAACAACUAUCUCUGUUCAUGACACUGUAAGGUGUUGUUGGAUGUGUAA